AUGAAGCCACUAAAGAAACAGAGGGGGCGCUCUCCCCCCUCCACACGGGCCAAAGGGGGGAAGAAGAGAGGGGCGACAGAGACCCCCCCAGAGAGGGACGACAGGAACAAACUCAGGAAGGAGAACCAAGACGGACAGCCUCAAACCACGCCCCCUGCCCACUUGCUACGGAAACAAUCCACAACCUCCUCUGACAGCUCUCAGCGGGAGCCAAUCAGAGGCAGUGAGACCCCAAAGAAGGAGGGACCUAGAGAGCAGGUGCUGCCAAGGCAACCUGAAGUCAAAGAGAAGACCGAGGACAGCAGAGGGGGGGUUGGGGGGAAACCAGGGGGGCCUAACAGCACCCCCACCCCCUCCCAUAACAACACCCUCACCAUCCCCACCCCCACUACCAGUCCCAGCCCUACCUCCAUAUCCAGUAGGAAAACAGCCACCUUCAAGGCCAGAGUCCCCAAGAAGAAGUACAUCGCUGAACACUAUGCUAGUAGCAACGCGCCCGGCCUCACCUUCACCCCUGCCCCCAUGCACAACAGCCACACCCCCAGUGUGGCCAAUGAGGAGAGGAAGGUAGCCGCUAGCAGCCACAGCCAUGGCCCGGGGGAACAGGGGAUGACAGGGGCCUCCAUAGGGCCUAACAAUGGUAGUGUGGCCCCCCAGGACAGAGAGAGAGACCCCCAGGGUGGGGAGACAGAGGCAGAGGGGGCCCCUAACUCAGUACGCUCCGUAUGCACGGAUACAGCCAGCGAGCACGAUCUGGAGGUGAACCCCCAGCCUAGUACCAGCCCUGCUAGAGCCCCCUACCAUGGCAGUCUGCCCCCUUACUCUGCUACUACCUCCCAGCCCGGCCCCGGCCCCAACCAGAGCCACAGAAAGGGCAGUAUGUCCGGGGCGGAUGCCCUGGCCAAAGGCCUGAAGAACCAGAGAGUUCUAGCCCGCUGUCGAUGGAGAGACAGACUUAACGGAGAGCAAGGGGGGGGACCGCACACCCGGAGGGAGAGGAGAGGAGCGUGGAGUUCAUCCUGGACGCCCCCCCCACCCGGCACGGCGUCCGUGGCCAUCGGGACACGCGUAUGUGUGCCUUUCAGAGGGGGAGGGGGGCGAGAUGGGGGUGAACAGGGGACACCUCAGCUAUACAGAGAAGGAGUGCUGUCCCAGGUAGACCCCCACCCUGCCGUGUCGUUCCCCUACAGGGUGCUACUGUGUGAGGAUCGAGAGGCGCUGGAGAAUGGAGGGAGGGAGGAGGAGAGAGGGAUGGAGGAGGAGGAAAGGAGGAGGAGGGUGCAGGCCCAGGCUGUAUGGGUGUCCAGACAGAGCUUGAGGCUGCUGACUCCCCCCUGGGAACUGCCUCACCCAGAGGGGGGGAGAGAGAGAGAGAGGGAGAGAGAGAGGGAGAGGGAGGAGAUGGAGGUGGAGAGGGAGGUGUGCCAGCUGAGUAUUGGGAUGGCGCUGGGGGGGCCGAUGGGAGGGGGGGCGAGGUUGGUGCACAGCUUCUCUCCAGCUGGGGUGGUGGGGGGGCAUCACUAUGGAAACAUCCCCCCCCACCCCUCCUCGUUGCUAACGACCAGCGUUGUCUCCAGCACUGGAGAGGGUCACCCUGACAAAGAGAGAGAACAAGAGAGGGAACAAGAGAGACAGAAACAGCCCCAAACACCAGAGGAGGACAUGGAGAUGUCUAGGUUCAGUAUGGGCACCCAGCAUCGCCACAUCCUCUCCAAGCCCCUCCUCGGGGGGCACAGCUACCCCUCCUCCCAACACCUGGUCCAGGGCCUGGGCACGCCACUGGGCUCUCACCUGUCCUCCCUCACCUUGCCUGGCCCUGAGGCCCUGGCCAUGACCCCCCCACCACACCUACCCCCUUCCAAGAGCACCCUGGUCCCCCUGGACAAGACCCCCUCCCAGAUCCCCACCCCUACCCCUGGAGGGGGGUCUACCUCCUCCUCAGCCUCCUCCUCGCGCUCCCGCACCCCCCUGUCGGCCACCCUGCAGAAGUACAAGAAGGGGGACGUGGUGUGCACCCCUAACGGUAUCCGCAAGAAGUUCAACGGCAAGCAGUGGAGACGCCUCUGUUCCAGAGAGGGCUGUAUGAAGGAGUCCCAGAGACGAGGCUACUGCUCACGCCACCUCUCCAUGAGAACUAAAGAGAUGGAGGGAGCGGGAGGAGGGGGAGAGAGGGACAGGGGGAGGGGAGGAGGGAGCAGUUCGGGGACGGUCACCCCCUCAGACCUGCGUGGGUUUGACUGGGAUGAGACGUCCAGAGACAGCAGCGAGGCCAGCAGUAGAGGAGACUCCCGCCCUCGGCUGGUGCUGCCCUCCCUCCUCCCCCAUGACUUCUCCAGGUUUGACUUUGACGAGUGUGAGGCAGCCACCAUGCUGGUGUCUCUGGGCAGCUCUCACUCUGGGACCCCCUCCUUCUCCCCCAUCUCCAACCAGUCCCCUUUCUCCCCCGCCCCCUCGCCCUCACCCUCCCCCCUCUUCGGAUUCCGUCCCGCCAACUUCUCCCCCAUCACCGCCUCCUCCGUCCUCCCCCCUCCUCGCAGACACAGACACCCCAGUGCCACGGGGGGAAAGCUGGGUACCCCUGGGGGGGCAGAGAGGGAGAGGCAUACCUCAGGGGUCCAGCCGUCCUUCCACACUAACCUGACCUUCACUGUCCCCAUGAGCCCCAGCAAACGCAAAACAGACGUUCCUCCUCCCCCCUCCCACCCCCACCACGACUACCCCCCCAAACCUGAGCUGGAGCAGGGGGACCUGAACCCUGUCUCGUUCCCCAUCCUCUCCCCCCAGACCCCAGCACACACUCACGCUUACACACCCACCUUCUCCUGUCCCCGAGGGGUGAGCACACCAACCAGCCGGGCCCCCUCCUCCCCCGCCACCUCCCCCCCUCCCCUCCUGGUGUCCCCAACUCCCCCCUCCCCUCCAGACUCAGGCCCCCGCCGUUUCCACCCCACAUCCCAGCAGGCCUUGCGGGACUCUCCGGUGAUCGUGCGGAACCCGGAGGUUCCUCUGGCCAAGUUCACAGAGCUUCCGUUAGGCCGUGGGGGGGGGGAAGUAGGAGAUCCUAAGAGUCUUAACAGCGUUACUCCCCAGCCUGUCUCCACUCUCCAAGUCCCUGUACCCAUCAACGCUGCUGCUGCCGCGGCAACCAACGGCACCGUCCUCCUCCAGAGCCCCACCCCCACCCUAGUGCUGGUGUCAUCCGCCCCGCCCUCCCUGACCUCCGUCACCCCCGGUUACCCAGCUUUGGCUUGCAUCUCCAUCUCCACCACGCUCCCCUCUUCGGGACCCCCCCUCACCAACCCAGCCAGCCCAGGGGAGGGGGGUGGUAGGACAGAGAGGACAGGCUCAUUUGGGGGGGAGGUUCAGCAGCCAGUGGCCUGUCACCCCUCUCCUACAGCCCUGCUGCCCCUCAUACUGCCUGCAGAGAACCUGCACCCCACACCAUGCAAAGACAUCAUCAUGGGACGCCCCGGGACAGUCUGGACCAACGUGGAACCCCGGUCGGUUCCUGUGUUUCCCUGGCAUUCAUUGGUCCCUUUCCUGGCACCAACCCAAUCAGAUGCAUCUACUCAGUCUGGUGAGGGCCAGCAACCAAUCAAUCACCCCCAAGCUGCCAGUCUGAAAACAGAGUCUCAGGGGGGUGCAGUGCUGCUACAGGAGGCCAACGAGGACACCCCCACCCUGGAGAGAGGACCCACAACAAGGCCAACUCCCUCCACAGAUGACCUGGCCCCGGAGAGGGAGAGAGAGGCCGAAAGAGAGAGGCCAGACAGUGAGACUGAGAGUGAUGUGGAUGACCCGUUCUUGCCCAGUGUUCUUCCUGAGCCCUUGUCUGUGACUCCUGUGAAGAGACGCACUCAGUCCCUCAGCGCCCUGCCCAAAGAUGGGGACAAGAUCAGCCCUAACAAGAGGGAGAAGGACCACAUCAGACGGCCCAUGAACGCAUUCAUGAUCUUCAGUAAGCGGCAUCGAGCGCUGGUGCACCAGAGGCACCCCAACCAGGACAACCGCACGGUUAGCAAGAUCCUGGGCGAGUGGUGGUACGCCCUGGGGCCCAAAGAGAAGCAGAAGUAUCAUGACCUCGCCUUCCAGGUGAAGGAGGCCCAUUUUAAGGCCCACCCAGACUGGAAGUGGUGCAACAAAGACAGGAAGAAGUCUAGUUCUGAUGGCCGAGGGCUCCCGGGGCCGGGAGGCAAAGACAUUAGAGAAAGGAGCAUGUCUGAGACCACCGAGCCUCAUGGUGUGGAGCUGAAAGGGGUGGGGUCUGGCCUGCUGGGUGUGUCUGAGCGGAAUCCAGGGGAGGGACAUGUAGGUCAGCUACCCCGCCCCCGAGCCUUCUCCCAGAGUGCCAUGCACAGCCUGGAGAGGAGUGAGAAGGGCAACACACAGGCCCUGGCCGAACUGUCACAGAUGUGUGGGGAUGGCGGUGGCCAGUUUUCGGGGCGCGCUCAGACCCUGUCCCGGUCUCAGAGGGGGGUCAGUGAGGACAUGACCAGUGAUGAAGAACGCAUGGUCAUCUGUGAAGAGGAGGGAGACGACGAUGUCAUCGAGGACCAGUACCCUGCCAGCUCCAUAGACCUGAAGUGUAAGGAGAGAGUGACGGACAGCGACAGUGACAACGCCUCUGGGAACGAGAGCGAUCGCAAGCGUGUCUUUGCUCCAGUGAUCUGCUCUUCCUUCUCCCAGCCCACCCCCCACGGACGCUCCGUCUCUCUCUCCUCCUACCCUUCCAAACGCUACGACGAGGAGAGAGGGGGGCUCUCAGACCGCAGGAGGAAGAGAGGAAUAGAGGGAGGUGGUGAUGGAGGAGGAGGAGUGUCAUCCCUCUCUCUUUCCCUGUCCUCCUCAGGCCACUCUGUCAUCUCCAGCCCCGGAGGCCCAGUUCCUUCUGCCCUUACCCCCCUUGGCCUGUCUCCUGUCCUGGGCUUGGGGGCUGUCAGAGUGGCCUCUACAGUGGUGACCAACGUGGUUCGUCCGGUCGUGAGCACGCCAGUCCCUAUCGCUAGUAAACCCCGAGACGGAGCAGCUUCAUCCAUUCCUCACCCACCAGACAGGAGGUCCCUCCCAUUGCAGCAGGCGCAGCUUCUGAUUGGCUCCGGAGCAGGAAGCGGAGGGCCUGGCUACUACUCCUCAUCGUCACCCAAUCCCAUAGGUGCAGGGGCGGGUCCAGGGGGGCUAGUGACCAGCUUGGUGUUCCCGGGACACAGCCAGCCCACCGUCCAGCUCAUCAGUCCCUCCCCCCAUCCGUCCUCCCACCACCAGCUGCCCCCCCCCGGCCCCGUCUCUGCCCCCACACACAACCACACCAAUGGCCCCCUGCCCCUCUCCCUGCUCCAGCCCCAGUUCCUCUCCUCGUCAUCUCUGGCAUCCCCCGGGGGCAAAGCCAUCACACAGGUCCAAUACAUCCUGCCCACCCUAUCAGCCAGCUCUAAUCCCAAGAGCCCCUCCCCUCAGCUGCACAACCUGCCCAACAGUAUCUUCAACCUGCCCACAGCUCCGCCCACCCACAUGUCCAUAGCCAAUGGGAAGCAGGUGGGGCCGGGCUCGCUGAUGGGAUAUGCCUCCAGCCCAGCCGUGGGAGUGGUCAGCCCGGGAGCCAGAGUGCAAUCCCAGUCCCCAGUCCUACAGGGCAAGAUGCUGCUUCCCAUGGCAACAGUGAGGACGGCACCCGCCCCUGCCCAGCAGUUCCCCCUCGUGGCUCCACCUCUUCCUGUCCAGAAUGGAGCUCAAGCAGGAAGCAAGAUCUUCCAGAUCGCUCCCAUGCCUGUCGUCCAAUCCCAGCUCCAGCAAGGCGGGACAGGGCAUCCUGGGAGCCCUUUUCCCGUUACCAUGGGAACGGCCACAGUAUUGCACCCGGGUUCUGCCCCAUCUCAGACUGUGCUGCUGCCGCCCCAACCAACCAGGAUCACCUAUGUCCAGUCCACGCCAGGAGUCCCCUCUGCUCUGCCUCUGGUCUCCACAACAACAGGCUCCUCCUCCCCUCAGCAGGCCCAGCCCACCCCUGGAUCUGCAUAUGUUCCAUUGCCCCUAGCAACGCUGGGCUUUACAGCCAUAGACCCCCCUGGACAGAACCUAGUCCAACCCCUCAUCACAGGUCAGCCUCCCCUUCUGGCCCCAGUCCAGUCCCCUACCUGCCCCUCCCUCCCCGCUGGCCCAGCCUCUGCUUCAGGGGGACAGAUAAUCACCGCCAUCUACCCCCCUACCAGCGUCACCAUGGCAACCGGGGUGGUCUCCAUGGCAACCGGGCCACCCAGCAUGGUGUACACAGUCUCCAGCUCCUCCAGUCUGUCCACCCACAUCCUGCCCAAACACACAUUCGCCCCCACCACACACACUCACACACACACCCAGCUCCAGUCGGACAGACAAACAGACAGGCACGCGGGGGAGAGACCCACGGACAGAACGUCUCACUCUCAGUCAGCGGAGACGCAGCCUGAGCUACAGGUGUACGGACAGACGGACAGGCCAACCCUCACACAGGCGGACAGACAGACGGAGAGGCAAGCCCAGACCUUCAAUAAGAGCAGCAGCUUAGUGGCACCCCCAAGUGGCUCCUCAUUGUCACUGCGGCCCUGCAGCCCCCCCCUGCCCUCUCACACUUCCACAGGCAGCGCACCAGGCACCCCCAAACUCCCCCAGCUCCCGGUGAGGACCCCUCAGAAAAUCAAAGCCACAGUUGCCAACAUCCCGGUGGGCAGCUACGAGGGAGGAGGCCGAGGAAAGGAGAGGGAGAAGAACCGAGAGAGGGAAAGGGAGAAAGAAAGAGAGAACACUGGAGCCAACAGUCGUUUUUCCUUUGAGCUGGAGCGUCCUGGGGAGUCGGCGUCCCCGUCCCAACACACACACACUGCUGAGGAGCCCCCCUCCUCUGAUAGACCCCCUGUGGGACACGGCCCUGGGGACAACACUGAUACAUGCAGCACAGAGGCCAGCAACAAGGAGUCUGGGUGGAAGGACUCCGUCCCCUCCUCACCCCUGCCCCCUCCCUUGGGUACAGACCCUGCCCUGCCACCUCCCCAGAGCGACAAAGAUGCCCCUCCUCCCAAAAAGGUGAAGGCCCGCCCCCCGCCACUCAAAAGGACCUUCGACUCUGUGGACAAGGUGUUGUCGGGGGUGUAUUUUGAGGAGCGUUUUGCUCAGCUACCAGAGUUCAGGCCAGAGGAGGUGCUGCCCUCCCCCACCCUGCAGAGCCUGGCCACCUCCCCCCGCGCCAUACUGGGCAGCUACCGCCGCAAGAGGAAGAACUCCACAGACCUGGACUCGUCCACAGAGGACCCCGUGUCUCCUAAGAGGAAGAGCCGACGGCGCUCCAGCUGCAGCUCGGAGCCCAGCACACCCAAGAGCGCCGCCAAGUGUGAGGGAGACGUCUUCACCUUCGACCGACCAGCCCCCCCGUCUGUGUGUCCCCCUCCAGGGUCUGGGACAGGGACAGGUGCUGACGGAGAGGACAUCCUGGGGGAGCUGGAGUUUGACAAGGUGCCCUACUCCUCUCUGAGACGCACCCUGGACCAGAGACGAGCCCUCGUCAUGCAGCUCUUCCAGGAGCAUGGCUUCUUCCCCUCAGCCCAGGCCACAGCAGCCUUCCAGGCACGCUACUCAGACAUCUUCCCCACCAAGGUGUGUCUGCAGCUGAAGAUCAGGGAGGUCCGACAGAAGAUCAUGCAGACUGCCGUCCCCUCUGAGACCAAUGAGGCCUGCUCGCUCCCCGGACCGUCUGGCGCCCAAUCAGGGGAAGGGACAGGAGGGGCAGAGCCAUUGGGAGAGGAGGCAGAUCGAGAGAGGGAGGGUAGUCCAGAGGAGCUGAGGGAUUCGCAGGAGUCUUCUAGAUGAAGGAUGCCGACAGGCUGGAUUGACCAAUCAGCGAUGGACCAGUUCCCCAAAUCCUGCCUCUUAAUUUUGUUGAAGCUACACCCCUCUCUCUCUGCGUCUCUGGACCUGUCUCUCUCUCUUUCUCCAGAGAGCCAGGUCAGAAAGAGCAAGUGGAAGAGACCAAGAGGAUGUGUGUGUUUGCAAAAUGGGUCAGAGGUGGAAUUGUUUAAAACUUAAAAGGGGAUUGUUUUUAAAGUGUAAUUCCCCCUCUCCAAAAAAUGACAUUUAAAAUGCCAGUGACACACACAGCUGAUGAACCCCAAACUCCAGUACCCACACUUGAAUUAGCACUUUGUUAUUAAUAUUAUCCUUGUAAGCUUCCAUUGAUGCCAGUGGACAAUAGACUAUACAAUAACAACUCUCCAGCUGUUACCUUUUGCCUUGGAGCAGGGCCCAUCUUUCAGACUGCAAUGCAUAUCACUUAGUGGGACUGUUUGAGGUUAUUUCUCACUCUAACAGGACUGACUUUGUUGUUUUUAAAAAUGGAGGGCUUGGGAAGCAAGGUCAGUUAAUUGGCUGCUGAAGAGGGUCUGGCUCUCAAGUCUCCCAUUGGCUCAUUUGUUUCUGCUGGACAUUAGGGGGCUGGGUCCCCACUGACUUGAGAUGAUGCCAUUGGAUGGAGAGGGAUCAGAAGGACCUUUGUUUUGUUAGAUUUUUCUCUACUUUGAUCCAUAAAAGCAUAACUUCAGCACAGGUCUGUGAGGGGGACAGGACAGCGUUUAGGACCUCGCCCUCACUUCCCAUGAUUGGCUACAGAAGAUGCCAGUAAAGCGCGCACCAAGCGUUCCUGCUAGUCUGAUUCGCUUGCCAUGAGGGAAGGAGGCGGGGAGAAGGAGUCAAUGGGCACAUCAUGGCUUUACAUUUCUCACUGUCACUUCAACCAUGUUUUAUGUAUUUGUAGACUUUAGUUGAGAACCCAGAGGACGUCAGGCUGACAGGCCUAUUACUUCUAAUGCCAAGCAGUUUUUUAUCUAACGACAUCAAACUUGUCUUUUUUUUUAUCAAACACAUGUAACUUUGCAGUUCAUUAUGUUAUUAUUGUAUUACUGUUACUAAUAUUACUCCUCUCAUUGUUAUAGUGGACCUGAUCCUUACUACGGGCUGGUAUCAAUGUCAUUGUUAUAGUGGACCUGAUCCUUACUACGGGCUGGUAUCAAUGUCAUUGUUAUAGUGGACCUGAUCCUUACUACGGGCUGGUAUCAAUGUCAUUGUUAUAGUGGACCUGAUCCUUACUACAGGCUGAUAUCAAUGUCAUUUGAUUAGCUCUCGCAAACUGUGUUCUUAUUUGAGGGGAAAUGAGAUGGUCCUCACCUGUGCCUCUUUCCUGCUCUUUGUCUUCCCUUUCAACACCCUGACUUCGCCCCAGCAAGGACCUGGGGUGACAAAUCUUUUUAUUCAUUUCAAUGAGGGAUAACAAAGAGAAGAGGGUUGACAUUUGUAGUCAUUUAAGUGUAAUAAGUAUGUUUUUGGACAACCCUGUAUACCUCUCUCACUCCCCUGCUAGUAAGUUUGAUUCUACAGGCUCCACCACCUCAUUUCUUUCCGUUCAUCCUCCCUUACUGUUCUCUCUAGGGGGUGGGAGGAGAUAAGCCUGGAGGGGGCAGGGCAGUAUAAAGAGUGGUAGGGUAUAAUAUUGGUUGUCUUUGUGCAAGACCUGGUUGUGUUGUACAUAUUAUUUACUGUAGUCAGGAGACUCACUAUAAUAUUGUUAAGGAACAAUGUGUAACUGACUUGUAUUGACUUUUAAAAGACGCCAUUACACAAGGUCAAACUCCAAAAAUGUACAAAUGAAUAUUAACGUUUUACUCCUUGUUUUACUGAGAUACAGUAUGCAAGAUAAACUUAAAUUAUUCAUAAAUGUACAUCUAUCUUUCAGUAUACGAAUAAAUGUUCAAGUUAA